AUGGGGAAAGCGGUCGCUCCUUGCCGAGGCGGCGGCUGCGGCGGCCGCUCCCGCGGGCUCUCGUCGCUGUUCACGGUUGUUCCCUGCCUGUCCUGCCACACGGCGGCGCCGAGCAUGAGCGUGUCCACGUAUGGCUCCCGGCCAGAGUCAAAGCCUCAGCCUCAGCCAGUGUCCGAGCGGGAGCCGGUGUCAGAACAGGAGUUGGAGCCAGUUUCUGAGGUCGUGUCAAGAUCGGAACUUGCGUCCGAACCAGUGUCUGAGCCGGAGCCCGGGCAUGGACCGGGACUGCUGCUGGCGCUGGGGCCGGGGGCAGCGCCGGAGCCGGGGGCAGCACCCGGGCCGGGGUCUGGCCCAGGUGUAGGGGCCGGGCCCUUCACCAAGACCAUAACAGAGCAGCUGGAAAACUUGCCCUUGACCAAACCUAUGUCGGGGCCGCUGCCGGCUUUAAAGCCCCUGCCUGUCACUCGGCUGGGACAGACAAGGCCAGUGUCGUUGGGGGGGCCAUUUUCAGGGACAGGCAUGACCUCCACUGCCCCGACGAUCUUACUGCCUCUGGACAGCUUCAAGGGCUGGCUCCUCAAGUGGACCAACUACCUGAAGGGCUAUCAGCGCCGCUGGUUCGUGCUCAGCAAUGGCCUUCUGUCUUACUACAGAAAUCAGGGUGAAAUGGCCCACACCUGCCGGGGCACCAUCAACCUGUCCACAGCACACAUUGACACGGAGGACUCUUGCAACAUCCUGCUGACCAGUGGAGCAAGGACCUACCACCUCAAGGCCAGCUCGGAGGUGGAGCGGCAGCAAUGGAUCACCACCCUGGAGCUGGCCAAGGCCAAGGCUGUCCGCAUGAUGAACAGCCACUCAGAUGACUCUGGUGAUGACGACGACGAAACCGCCUCCCCGUCAGACAAUAGCGAGCUACACCACACCAUUAAGACCCUCUCCUUGAAGUUAGACGACCUGAGCACCUGCAAUGACCUCAUCGCCAAGCAUGGUGCUGCCCUUCAACGCUCUCUGAAUGAGCUGGACAGCCUCAAGAUCCCUGCUGAGAGCAGCGAGAAGCUAAAAGCAGUGAACGAACGGGCCACACUUUUUCGCAUCACGUCAAAUGCUAUGAUCAACGCUUGCAGGGACUUCCUGGAGCUAGCAGAGACGCACAGCCGGAAAUGGCAGCGUGCGCUGCAGUAUGAGCACGAGCAGCGCAUCCACCUGGAGGAGACUAUCGAGCAGCUAGCCAAGCAGCACAAUAGCCUCGAGCGGGCCUUCCGAAGUGCCCCGGGACGGCCUGCCAACCCCACCAAGAGCUUCAGCGAGGGAAGCCUCUUGACUCCCAAAGGAGAGGACAGUGAGGAAGAUGAAGAUACUGAGUACUUUGAUGCCAUGGAAGACUCCACAUCCUUCAUCACUGUGAUUACCGAGUCCAAGGAGGACAACCGAAAAGCUGAGGGUGGGACAGGGGCAGUUUCCGUGGAUGACUGGACCACGGCAGACAACGUGCUAGAUGGUACCUCACCUGGGCCCAAGGGUCCACCCAAAGUCAAGAGGAGAUCACGCAUCCCCGACAAGCCCAACUACAGCCUUAACCUCUGGAGCAUCAUGAAGAAUUGCAUCGGCCGGGAGCUCUCCAAGAUCCCCAUGCCGGUUAACUUUAAUGAGCCCCUGUCCAUGCUCCAGCGGCUGACAGAGGACCUGGAGUACCACCACCUGCUGGACAAGGCGGUCAACUGCACUAACCCAGUGGAGCAGAUGUGCCUGGUGGCUGCCUUCUCUGUAUCCUCCUACUCCACCACGGUGAACCGCAUCGCCAAGCCCUUCAACCCCAUGCUGGGCGAGACCUUUGAGCUGGACCGCCUCGACGACAUGGGACUGCGCUCCCUCUGCGAGCAGGUGAGCCACCACCCACCCUCAGCUGCGCACUACGUCUUCUCUAAGCAUGGCUGGAGUCUCUGGCAGGAGAUCACCAUCUCCAGCAAGUUCCGGGGGAAAUACCUCUCCAUCAUGCCCUUAGGUGCCAUCCACUUAGAAUUCCAGGCCAGUGGGAAUCACUACGUGUGGAGGAAGAGCACCUCCACUGUGCAUAACAUCAUCGUGGGGAAGCUCUGGAUCGACCAGACUGGGGACAUCGAGAUUGUGAACCAUAAGACCAAGGACCGGUGCCAGCUAAAGUUCCUCCCCUAUAGCUACUUCUCCAAGGAGGCGGCCCGGAAGGUGACAGGAGUGGUGAGUGACAGCCAGGGCAAGGCUCACUACGUGCUGUCCGGCUCAUGGGACGAGCAGAUGGAGUGCGCCAAGGUCGUGCACAGCAGCCCCAGCAGCCCCAGCUCAGACGGGAAGCAGAAGACAGUAUACCAGACGCUGCCAGCCAAGCUGCUGUGGAAGAAGUACCCACUGCCGGAGAACGCGGAGAACAUGUACUACUUCUCCGAGCUGGCGCUGACCCUGAACGAGCACGAGAAGGGCGUGGCGCCCACCGACAGCCGUCUGCGGCCCGACCAGCGGCUCAUGGAGAAGGGGCGCUGGGACGAGGCCAACACGGAGAAGCAGCGGCUGGAGGAGAAGCAGCGCUUGACGCGGCGGCGGCGGCUGGAGGCCAGCGCGCGGGGCGGCGGCUUCGGUGCUGAGGAGGAGAAGGAGGCGGAGGUAUACACGCCGCUGUGGUUCGAGAAGAGGCUGGACCCGUUGACCGGGGAGACGGCCUGUAUGUACAAGGGCGGCUACUGGGAGGCCAAGGAGAGGCAGGACUGGCACAUGUGCCCCAACAUCUUCUGAGCACCAACUCCCUCCGAAAUACAGGCGCCUGCACAGCCUGGCCCACCUUUCUUUAAUGCUCUCCGUUUAGUACGGAAGGUCCUUCUCUCCCCCUUCUUCCCCACUUCUUUUUUUUUUUUUUAAACUUUUUUGGGUCUAUCACCUUUGAAGGAGUGUUGACCCGGGUUCUCUCCAGCCCCAGGUGUACCGGGUCACCCCAAGCCCCUCUCCUCGUGGACUUGGGGCCCGACGGAGAUCCUAGCUCCCCAGUUACCACAGCACAGGCUGGGCACGGGCAUGGGCAGCCCCCGUCAUCAGCCUAACUCCGGGAGGGCUGCUCUGCUUCUCCUAGGGAGCCUCUCUCUUGGUUUUUUUUAAAAAAGAUCUCCAUUUCUUUCCAGCCAUGACUUUUAGAACGUAUUUUUAGUACAACACUUAGCAGAAACUUUCCAAGUGUGCUUUCUUGCCACAGAAGUGUGCUGGCAAGAGCCCCUCUUUUUAAGAGAUCAGAAAGCCAGACUCCUUUGAGUUGGGAGAUUUUGUAGCUCAACAUAGCAAGGCCCCGUUUGUAUCUGAGCUGCCCAGCCCCCAGGAGCCCAGGGUCCCAGAGAACUGAACAUAAACGGGGGGCCUGGCCCAGGAGAACACAGGAGUCCCUGGAGCUACAGCCCCCAUCCACCUACCUGGGGGACACCAAGGGGGUGGAGAGGUAGAUUUGAGGAUGGAAUUGCCUGGCCCUGGCUGUGCCAGGGCUGAUCCCUGGCCCCAGAGGCCAGGAGGGCUGGUAGGCACGGCCUGCAGGUGCUUCUGACCCAGAACCAGGCCCCAAAUUAGCAAUAAUGAACAA